GACGCGGGGCGUGGUCCUGUCGUAGAUAUCGCUAACACAUAGAUUCGGAUUGAUAUAUAAAGGGGCUUGUUACCUCAGAACGGCACAACAGUCCACAACACUAGCGAGUACUGGAUAACCAGCAGCGCUUCAAAUCUAAGAAACAUGAAGGUCUUCAUCGCAAUCUUUGCCCUCGUCGCCCUCGCGGCAGCGUCGCCGUCGGCGAUCGUUCCUUACGCUUACCACGCCGGAGCCCCUUUGGGCCACGAUGGCCGUGUCGUUGACACCCCGGAAGUCGCCCACGCCAAGGCAGCUCAUCUCGCCGCUCACGCUCACGAAGCAGCUAAGACCGCAGGGCACGGAUACGCCGCUCACGGAGAUUUCGUCUACGGCGCCCCAGCUUACGGACACGCUUACGGUUACGCAGCUCCGAUCGCUCACGCUUACGCCGCAACCCCAGCCCUUGCCUACGGUGCUCAUUAUGCUCACGGUCACGGAGCUCCCCUAGGACACGAUGGACGCGUCGUUGACACCCCCGAAGUCGCUCACGCCAAAGCCGCUCAUCUCGCCGCUCACGCUCACGAAGCAGCUAAGACCGCACAUUACGGAUACGCCGCUCAUGGAUACGCUCCUGUCGCCGCUCUUGGAUACGCCGCACCCGCUUACGGACACGGAUACGGAUACGGAGCUCCCAUUGGCCACGAUGGACGCGUCGUUGACACCCCCGAAGUCGCUCACGCCAAGGCUGCUCAUUUCGCAGCUCAUGCUCAAGCCAACGCUCACGCUCAUCAUUACUGGUAAACUUUAGUGGAAAAUCUAUUGAAAAUCCUUAUGUAAAUUAUGCGAAAAUUUUAUACACAAUCGAUUAAUCUAGACUGACUAUUUUUUUAUAGAAAACAAACGUGAAAAACUUGAAAAAAAUAUGUAUACAAUAUAUUCGGUGCGGUGAAUAUUCUUCAUGUUCUUUGUGUGGAAUUGCCGUAAUUUUGGUUGCAUUUCUUGAAAACUGUACUUUUUUAUAUUCUUUAAUUACACGUGUAUAUGCAAAUCGUUCAUAAAGAGCAAAGUUUUAAACCAC